AUGGGUAUUUUAGAAAAGAUAGCACUGAUUCAGGAAGAAUUAGCUAGAACCCAGAAAAAUAAGGCUACAGAAUAUCACGUUGGUUUAUUGAAGGGGAAAUUAGCAAGAUUUCGUCGUGAAUUAUUAGAACCACAACCAGGACAAGGAUCCUCGGGGGGAGGACAAGGUUUUGAAGUUUCCAAAGCGGGAGAUGCUCGUGUUUCAUUAAUUGGGUUUCCAUCUGUUGGUAAAUCGUCGUUUUUGUCUAAGGUGACCAAUACCAAGUCAGAAGCAGCUAACUACGAGUUUACUACAUUAACAUCAGUAGGAGGUAUUCUUGAAUAUAACGGAGCAGAGGUGCAGAUUGUGGAUUUGCCAGGGAUUAUAAAGGCGGCAUCACAAGGUAAAGGUAGAGGGAGACAGGUGAUUGCGGUGUCGAGAACGUCAGACUUGAUUAUGAUGGUGUUGGAUGCAACCAAGGGUGGAAACCAAAGAGAAGUAUUGGAGAACGAAUUAGAAUCUAUGGGGAUCAGGUUGAACAAGAGCAGGCCAAAUAUUUCCCUUAAGAUCAAAAAGACCGGAGGGGUCAAGUUGAACUCGAUCACCCCACCAAAGUACUUGAACGAGAAGAUAGUAGCUGCAUUGUUGAAAGAUUAUAAGAUCCACAACGCAGACGUGCUAGUCAGAGACGAAAAUGUCACCAUCGACGACUUCAUUGACAUCAUUAAUGACCAACAUAUGUCGUAUAUUAAAUGCUUAUACGUUUACAACAAGAUCGAUGCCGUUUCGUUAGAAGAGUGCGAUAGAUUGGCCAGAGAGCCAAACACCGUAGUUAUGUCGUGUGAAUUGGAAUUAGGUAUUGAAGAUUUAAAGGAGGAGAUUUGGAGACAGUUGGGUCUCAUAAGAUUGUAUACUAAAAGAAGAGGUAUCCAACCUAAAUUCGACGAACCUAUGGUUGUUAGAGGCAACUCUACUAUCCAACAAGUUUGUGAUGCUAUACAUAGAGAUAUGAAAAACCAAUUCAAAUAUGCCUUGGUUUGGGGUUCCAGCGCUAAACACUCGCCUCAGAAGUGUGGUAUAAGUCAUCCUAUUAAUGACGAAGAUGUUAUUCAAAUAGUUACUAAAUAA